UUCAUCAGAAACUAUAAAUAUACCUGGUUUCAUCAAGGUUUCAUCAAGGUUUCAUAAACUCAAUCAAUGGCUAAUUGUUUAAUUUUAGGACUAGUAUUGGCACUGGCAUUGAAAGCCUUGGUUCUUCAAGCUGAUGCAAGAGCUUUCUUCGUGUUUGGUGAUUCACUAGUCGAUAGCGGAAACAACAAUUACUUGGUUACAACUGCUCGUGCCGAUGCACCGCCUUACGGGAUUGAUUAUCCGACGCAUAAACCGACAGGCCGUUUCUCUAACGGGCUUAACAUUCCUGACCUUAUCAGUGAGCAAAUAGGGUCAGAAUCACCAUUGCCGUACCUGAGUCCUGAGCUGUCAGGCAAUAAGCUACUUAUAGGUGCUAACUUUGCUUCUGCCGGAAUUGGAAUCCUCAAUGACACUGGAAUUCAGUUUCUAAAUAUCAUAAGAAUGCAUCGGCAAUUGGAGUAUUUCCAGAAAUAUCAGCAGCGAGUUGAAGCCUUAAUCGGAGCUGACCAAACCGCACAACUCGUCAACGAAGCACUCGUUCUCAUCACCGUCGGUGGCAAUGAUUUUGUAAACAACUAUUACUUGGUCCCAUUUUCCGCAAGGUCUCGCCAGUACGAUUUGCCAGACUAUGUCAAAUAUUUAAUUUCAGAGUACAAAAAAUUGCUAGCGAAGCUGUAUGAACUUGGAGCGCGCAGAGUGCUUGUGACGGGCACAGGGCCUAUGGGGUGUGUUCCGGCGGAAUUGGCAAUGCGAGGGACUAAUGGUGGAUGUUCAGCAGAAUUGCAGCGGGCUGCGUCUUUAUUUAAUCCACAACUUGUUGAAAUAUUAAAUGAACUCAACACAAACUACGGCGGAGAUGUGUUUAUUGGCGUCAACACAAUGCAAAUGCACUUGGAUUUUGUCACUAGUCCUCAAACAUAUGGGUUUAGCACAUCAAAGAUUGCAUGUUGCGGGCAAGGACCAAAUAAUGGCAUUGGACUGUGCACUUCUUUGUCGAACUUGUGCCCUGAUCGCGAUCUUUAUGCAUUUUGGGAUCCAUUUCAUCCGUCUGAGAAAGCUAACAGAAUUAUUGUGCAGCAGAUCAUGACAGGCUCUAAUAAGUACAUGAACUCCAUGAAUUUGAGCACCAUCAUGGCCCUGGAUGCUCGGACCUGAUCAUCAAUAUAUCAUUUUGGCAAUAAUUUUUUUCUUUUUAACUUUCUUAUUCAAACUAUUUGUAUUUUUGUGCAUUUUUUACUUCGGGUUCUUGCGUGAAAUUUGUGGAACUUCUGAGUAUUCCUGUCGAAUUUUUGUAUAAUUUAUGAUUUGAGUAAUGGAAGUACAAUUACUUUGGUGCAUUGGUGAGAUUGAUAGAUAUGGAAUCCUAAUCCAAAAUAAUUUGUUGGAUUAGUACUUCAAAUUUAA